AUGUCUCGGAGCAUAGCCACUGAAGAUGUCGAGAAGUCGCCACAGUCGAAGCCCAGCCCGGUGUCCUGGCUUUCGCUGCCACGCAAGGACCAGCUCUUGAUCCUAUUCCUCUGCCGGCUCGUCGACUUCCUGCAAGUCGCCUCGAUGCAGGCCUAUGUAUUUUAUCAGCUCAAAUACAUGGAUGACUCGCUGUCCGACGCCAGCAUAUCCAAGCAGGCAGGCCUGUUGCAAGCAUGCUUCACCGGCACCCAGGUCAUGACGGCGAUGCUCUGGGGCAAGGCCGCCGACGCGCACUGGUGCGGCCGCAAAUGGGUUGUUGCGGUUGGUUUGGCCGGCACGGCAGUCAGCUGUCUGGGCUACGGAUUCGCGACGACUUUCUUCUGGGCAGCGUUCUGGAGAGCCUUUGGCGGCGCCGUAAACGGCACUGUCGGCGUCAUUCGUACCAUGAUUUCUGAAAUAAUCAAGGAAAAAAAGUACCAAUCGCGAGCUUUCCUCAUCCUCCCGAUGAGCUUUAAUGUCGCCGGCAUCCUGGGUCCAUUCUUUGGCGGCAUGCUCGCCUCGGCCGGUACAACACUGCCGAGCAUUUUUGCGCCUGGGGCCAUCUUCGGAUUCAGCUGGAUCCAAAAAUAUCCGUUUGCGCUGCCGAGUCUGAUGAACGUGUUUGCGCUUUCAUUCGCCACCGCCGUUGUGAUGCUGUUUCUCGAAGAAACGUCCCCUUCUCGUCGAGAUAUCUACGAUCCGAGCCUUGCUGCUGGCCAGCGCAUCAAGAAAGCUCUCUUUGGCAGCAAGCCAAAUUCUGGCUACGCGCGCCUCUCGACCAGCGAAUCCUCUGAGCUCAGCAACAUUUCCGGCACGUCGACUCCCGCGUCGCAGCCGGCACCGCGCCAUCGCACGACGCGUCGUCUCCCGUUCUCUCGCAUAUGGACCAGAAACGUCAUCUUUACCCUCAUCACGACCGCAUUUUACGACUUCCACCUCGGCGCCUUUGGAAACAUUUGGUCGCUCUUCCUCUCCACGCCACGCUACAUCACUGACCCGUCCACGCCCUCCUCAGCUAGACGCAGCCUCCCGCUUCUCUUCACUGGCGGCCUGGGCAUGCCCGCUUCGACCGUCGGCAUCGCUACCUCGUUUCUGGGCAUGAUUGGCAUGGGCCUGCAGCUGACUCUGUACCCGCCCGUGCAGGCACGCCUCGGCACCACGCGCUCGUUCCGCUGGUUCCUCUUCCUCUUCCCCGUUUGCUACUUUGUCGUGCCGUACCUCGCCAUCCUGCCGUCGUCGAGCGCCGCACCAGAGGCGGCCUCAGGACCGGCUGUCUGGCUGGGCAUCCUGUUUGUCUUGUUUCUCGCCGUCACGGCGCGCACGUUUACUCUGCCCGCGAGCAUCAUCCUGCUCAACAACUGCAGCCCCCACCCGAGCGUCCUCGGCACGAUCCAUGGGCUCGGCCAGAGCGUGUCGGCGGGCUUCCGCACCGUCGGGCCGGUGGUUGGCGGGUGGUGGUACGGCUACGGCUUGGAUAUUGGCAUGGUGGCCUGGGGUUGGUGGAGCGUUGGCGUCGUGUCCGCGGUGGGAUGUCUCACGGCGCUGGCCAUGUACGAGGGCAGUGGCCAUGAAGUGCGUCUCGAGGAGGAAGAUGAGGAGGGCCGAAGGUAA